AUGAAAGAAAUAAUACGGACACUAGUGGUGAUCUUUUCUCUGCAGACGUCAUCUGCCUUUUCAACGCCGCAAAGAUCGAGACACUCAACAUCAUUUCGAUUAUAUGGGAGCAAAAUUGCAGACGAAGUUGCAUUGGAUACACCGUUGAAACCUGCAUUGGAUGACUUGUUCAAAGCAUCAGAAGUGGCUGCGAAGCCGAAAGACGCCGAGACAGGAGAAGGAGCUCAUGAUGCUUUUCGUUUUGAAUGGGGUAAAUGGGUUGACGACCAACGCUUGGAAGAGCUCAUGGAAUGUAUGAAUGAGAUUCAGCUAGUUGCUGGAGUCUAUGACUCUCUGGUAGAGGAAUUGGCUUCAGAAGGUGGAACAGAAUCACAACCACGGCGGCUUCGAGUUGCCGGCGGGGAUCACUGGGAUUGCAUCUUGCAUGUCCUGCCCCAGGGAACGGAAUGGACUGGGCGAUGGCCCACAGGAGCUUGGGCCAUCGUUAGAUCGCUCACAGGCGUCGCAGAAAUUGCAAUGUUGAGAGGUCCCAAUCGCGACGGAUUCUAUACGAAGGCAACAAAGAAGAACCUGCGUGGGGGAGGAGACGGAACUCUUGCUGGUGGUAGUGCCGGAGGAGGAGAGGAUUGUAUUAAAUAUGUAGGAGGAGCUCUCAGAAGCUAUGCCGGCAAGAGUGGUAAGACGACCUUGCUCGAAGUUGUGGUCAGACCACCAAUCGGCAAGCAAAGUCUGGAUGGAGACGGUCGCAGCUCCGACAAUAUGGAGCAACUGGAGGCUCCAAGUAGCGUUUUGGAAGUUACUCUUCCUAUCACGGAAGAGAGCAUGGAAGAAGUCGAAGAGGACACGGACGUAACAACUGGAGAAGCCCCAAAACACCUCGGAUCCAAGCUAGGAAUGGAUUUCAAGAAUGUUGGUGGGCUGGAUGAUCAAUUGGAUGCAAUCGUCAGGCGUGUCCUGGCAUCUCGUGCAAACCCUGAAGCAGCACGACGCUUGGGAGUCUCCCAUGUGAGAGGUAUUCUGCUGUCUGGACCCCCUGGGUGUGGAAAGACGUUGCUUGCACGAGAGCUGUCAACCUUGCUGGGAGCAAGGGAACCUCAAAUCGUGGAUGGUCCAUCCAUCUUGGACAAAUUUGUAGGAGAGGCUGAAAAGAAUAUUCGGGCUUUGUUUAGACCAGCAGAGGUGGAAUACGACCAAGUUGGCGAUAAGUCAGCAUUGCAUGUUAUUAUUCUAGACGAGAUGGACGCUAUAGGAAGAAAAAGAGGAAGUGUCUCAGGCGACACAACGGGCGUCAGAGAUUCUGUUGUCAAUCAACUCUUGGCGAAAAUGGAUGGUGUGAAAGAAGCCAAUAAUGUGCUGGUAGUUGGACUCACCAACAGACCCGAGCUGCUUGAUCCUGCACUGCUGCGACCUGGACGCUUGGAAGUUCAACUUAGAGUGGAGCUCCCUGAUGCUGCAGGACGACGAGAUAUCUUGAGAAUACACACACGACGAAUGAGAGAAGCUGGUGGGCUGAGUGAAGAAGCUAUUGAUAUGUUAGAAGACCUCGGCGAGGACGGAUUGCCAGCAAAAGCAGAAUAUUUCACAGGUGCCGAGCUUGCCGGUCUUGUUCGAUCCGCCGCAAGUUUUGCUUUGGCAAGAACAGUUGAAGAUAGCGACACAGAUGAUAGUGGAAUCAUUACUGUUACAGACCUGAAGGCAUCCCUUGAAGAAGUCCGACCAGCUCUGGGCAAACAAGAUGAAGUGCUUGAGAGACGUUUCCCAUUCGGAAUAGUUCCGUGUUCAGGUCCGAUUCAACGAAUCAUGCGUGACUUGAAUCGGUUUACAUCCAUCCCCAAGAUCAGUAAUUCAGCGAUUAAUGUCGCUCCAUCUUUGCAGUCAAUGCUUGUUGUAGGCCGUGGUCAAGGCACUGGAACCACUGCAUUGGCGUGUUGGGCUGCGGCACAAGCAUCCUCAAAGGGUGACGCAAACUACGUCCGAUUGGUGACAAGCCUGGAUUUGUUAAGCUCUAGUGGUGAGGAAUCGGCGAGAGCAGCUGCACUGGUUGAUCGCUUUACUGAAGCUGGCGAAAUGCCCAACUCGUUGCUUGUGCUAGAUGAUAUUGAUCAGAUUUGUGCUGGAUCUGGACCCAAUGGCUACAGCAGCAUAAUGAUUUCGACCCUUCGCGCCCUUCUCCGUUCCCCACCUUCAAGUACAAAUGUGGCUAGAGCUGGCGGUCAUGUAGGGACACAGAAGCAAAUCGAUGGAAAAUACCUGGGAAGAAGCAUGAGAAUCAUUGCAGCAACUUCCCGAAUGGAUGCAGCAUGUUGCGUCUUCAACGAACUAUUUGACGAGACGGUUGUUGUGCCUGUCUUGACAGAUAUGCUGUCUGUCGAGAAGGUAAUAACAGCAGGUGCAGAGGCCUCUGGUCUGCAACUGGCCGACGCUAAAUCACUUGCCGAGACAAUGAUAAAUAGUUUAGGAAGUCUAGGUUGCAAGAAGGCGCUGAGGUUGAUGGAACUCGUCGCUGCUACAGCAGACCAAGAUUCAGACGACUUGGGAGAAGCUCAGCACGUAGCGCUUGAAACGACACUUGAAGACAUGCAGCACGAUGCAAGUGAUGCGGCUGAAACGUGUGAAGUAAUGUAUUAG